UUAAGUAGUAACUAGUUCUAAAUCUGUAAUUUCGUUUAAACAUGUAUAAUGGUACUCUGUGGUAUAAACUUUAAGCUCACAAUUCACGUCAAUAUUUAAUAAUAAUUACCACCAGUUUGUUGUGUAUCUAUAACUUCAUUAAUUUUUAUAUAGUCACAAAAUGACAAAAAGAACUUGCUAUGUAUGGGAUCAAUAUUUAUUAGAACAAUGUGAUCGUUUGCCUGCUGUUAAUAACAGAGCAUCUAUGAUACAUAGUCUUAUUACAGCCUAUAAGCUUUUCGAAAAGAUGCAAAUUGUGAACUCAGUUCCAGCAUCAUUUGAAGAUUUGAAACUAUUUCAUUCAGAAGUGUAUCUUGACCAUUUAAAAACCCUGGAAAUUAUUGACGACGACUACAUGACUCAUUCACAAGAUGAAAAGUUUGGAAUUGGAUAUGAUUGUCCACCUGUAUGUGAGAUGUACAAGCUAGUGUCUGUUAUUGCUGGAGGAUCGAUAACAGCUGCCAAAUGUCUUCUAUUAGGUAUUGCAGAUGUUGCCAUCAAUUGGUGUGGGGGAUGGCAUCACGCACAGAGGUUUGGUGCUGAAGGUUUUUGUUAUGUUAAUGAUAUAGUAAUAUGUAUAGAAAAUUUGAAACAAAAAUUUCAAAGAGUCCUCUAUAUUGAUUUAGAUGUUCAUCAUGGUAAUGGUGUUCAAGAUGCAUACAACUUAAGUAAAUCAGUGUUUACGCUGUCAUUCCACAAGUAUGAGGCUGGAUUUUAUCCAGGAACGGGCAGUAUCAAUGAUAUAGGCACUUUAACUGGCAAAGGCUUUAUGUGUAAUGUACCUCUGUAUGCAGCAUAUUGUGAUGACACCUUUGAAUAUGUGUUUGAAAAGGUAUUUGAGAAAGUAUUUGAAAAGUUUAGCCCAGAUGCUGUAGUGGUGCAAUGUGGGGCAGAUGCUCUAGCAAGGGAUCCUAAUGGUGGUGCUGGAUUGACUAUAAAGAGUUACUGUAAAUGUGUAAAAGAUGUAUUAAACAAAAAUAAACCUACAAUUCUUCUAGGUGGAGGAGGAUAUAAUCAUAGCAAUGCAGCAAGGCUCUGGUCUUCUAUUACAGCAUUAGUUAUUGGAGUUGAAUUAGAUGAAAAUAUACCUGAACAUGAUUACUGGCCUCAGUAUGGACCUGAUUUUAUGCUCAAUAUUCAACCAUUGCUAACCAAAGAUGAAAACUCGAGAAAAUAUCUUGAUCAUUGUAUAGCAAGAAUCUCAGAUAACUUAGAAAAAUAUCUGGUUCCAAUUACACACCAAAAACACAAGAUAUGCAAGCAUGAUGUAAUAGAUGAGGAUAAAAAUGAAAUAGUACAUGUGAGCAAUCAAUUCAAAAAAUAUAAGAUGACACUUUACAAUAAUACUAUGACUAAUAAUACGGAAAGUGGUGCCUCCAAGACUGAUGUAUAUAAUUUUAUUGAAUAAACAUUUGUUAAAA